GCGUUUUGAAGCUCACCGCAUCGGGCAUGUCAGAUCUGUGUGGUUCCUAAAAGUCUCACGGGCAGGCCUGCAUUGUCUCCCCUAUCAGGCAGACUACAAACCCUUCUCUGACAGAGGGAGGUCAGAAAGGCCUGCAGAGAGCUCUGCAGCUGACUCGUCAUUUCGCUCUCGAGUCUCAGGCUCUUGUUCGUGUCAACUCCAGCUCUCCGAUCUCCUCUGAGCGGCCCUCUAGUAUACGGGGCUGACCGUUCCACUCGCCGAUAAGAGCCGAUACUCUUCGCUCGAUAGCACUGCUGCGAAAGAUGGGCCAGUAUUGGUGCCUCAUCAAUCUUGACAAGCGGGCAGCAAUCUCGGGCUUGGGAAAGCUGGGUGAAUGGCUUUUUGGCGGUACACCCGAACAUUUCGUGCCAUUUCUUGCCGUGACCCUUCCUCCAUCGGCAUUCGAUGUCAAGAAACAAAGUGUUAUAAUUGCAGGUCCAUCCCUCGACGCGAGCUCAGCACUGGGGUCAUUGAACCUUGCGCACGAAAUCUUGUAUCUCAUCUUUGGCGAGAUCGACGACCUGCGCGAUGCCAUCUCACUGUCGCUCACGAACAAGACAUUGUCCGACAUUGGAGAGGCCCGCGUGUAUGAGCUGGUAUGCAAGGUGACAGCACCAUGGUCUGGUGAUCGGAUCAUAUGCGCCGGUGACUACAUGCAGUGGGAUGAUCUACCGGAAGGCAUACUCUCCAAGAGCGAACUGCGCGAAUAUCGCGGCCGAGAUGAAGACGAAGACGAUGCCGACUUGAAUGAAGAAGACGACUCAGACGCAGACGGUCCCACUUCCCUUUACGACGUUAGAUGGCAGGAGCCUGAUGUCCUUAAAUUUGGCAGCGUACGUGGUUGGGAGCUUCCUCAAGGGCUGUCGUCUUUCGAGCGCAAAGAGUUUUCCCGCCGGUCUAAGCCGCGAUACUCGAUCGAUAUCUCGAAGGACGAGACUCAUGGAUGGGUAUUAUGCAACAUCUCGAAGCGGGAGUACGUGAGGGCCAGUGCUGUUGCGGCUUUGACGGGCACUAGCGCUAAAAGGCCUCAAGGGAUAGGGGGGCCCGGGAGACGCAAGAUUGGCCUGGGUCAUGUUCUCAUCACCCAGAUUUGCUGGUCCUCUGAUAACUCUAUUUCGAUGUAUUAUGAGGGUGACUUGCAUCGCGGGAGAUGGGCAGGUGAUCACCUGUCCAUCACGACAAUGGACAGACUGGACAAGCAUGAAGCAUGGAAGGACGCGUCGGAAGAAGUGGUGAAGAAGGUUGUGGAAAUUUGGGAUUCCGAGUUCGAAGGGUGGCGAUCGCAAGUAGAUGGUAAAGACUCAAAGUAAUGUGAGUAAAUUGUGGCAGCCAUUAAUCCUAGAUUAUGUUUGUUCAUCGUGGAGCCUCUGUUUGUCCACAAAGAAUGUAAAAACGCAUCCAUGUUUCUGCAGAGAUCGACGUAUGACGUUCUAUGCAUCUCUUUGUUUAACAUGCCUGAAGCCCUCUACCUCAUGCACCCUACCUGUAGUCGAUCAAGCUUGGGUUUGUAUGCUAGCAGCCAGUUGUGAGACCGAUUCCAUGAUGUGCAUCGACCGCGGACGAAUCUCACAACGAAAGGGCUUCGGGUGACUCACUGCGCCCGAGGCGAAAGUUGGUACGGGCGUGAUCACGCUCCCUUCCGUGUCGCGUGCCUUACUGAUGUCCAGCACGGCGAGCAUGCUUGCGAUCGCAAGCCAAAUUGUGACGUCGGCAAACUGCCGCCCCGGACAGAGCCU